CAUCGGAAAAGUCAGACGGUCCAGAGUCCUCUCUCUCUCUCUCUCUCCCAUCUCUCCGAUUUCUUCGAAAAAUUAUCAAAUCCAGUUCAAUUUAGUUUAAUCUUUUACCCCCUACACACCAUCGUUUCUAGGGUUAAUAAUCCACCACCAUGGACGGAGGUACCGGCGACAGCGGCGGCGACGGAGGUGGUGGCGCUCCCGUGGGGGUUCAGAUCCAGCAGAGUCGGAGACUUCCUGAUUUCCUUCAAAGCGUGAAUCUAAAGUACGUAAAGUUAGGUUACCACUACUUGAUCUCUAACUUACUGACUCUGUGUCUCAUACCUGUAAUGAUUGGGAUUCUAAUCGAGGUUUCGCAAAUGAACCCUGAAGAUAUUCUCCAAUUGUGGUUUCAUUUGAAAUACAAUCUCGUAUCUGUUAUUAUUUGCUCGGCUAUAUUGGUUUUUGGAUCAACUGUUUAUAUCAUGACUCGUCCACGCCCCAUUUAUUUAGUCGAUUAUUCUUGUUAUCGCCCUCCUGAUGAUUUGAAAGCUCCAUUUAAUCAGUUCAUGGAGCAUUCUAGGCUUACUGGUGAUUUCGAUGAGUCAUCGCUUGAAUUCCAGCGUAAGAUUGUACAAAGGUCAGGGCUUGGAGAGGAAACUUAUGUACCCGAAGCUAUGCAUUAUAUUCCCCCAAGGCCGUCCAUGGCGGCUGCUAGGAAAGAGGCUGAGCAGGUUAUGUAUGGUGCUUUGGAUAAUUUGUUUAAUAAUACGAAUGUGAAACCGAAAGAUAUAGGUAUACUUGUUGUGAAUUGUAGUUUGUUUAAUCCGACUCCUUCACUUUCGGCCAUGAUUGUUAAUAAGUAUAAGUUGAGGGGUAAUAUUAGGAGUUUUAAUUUGGGGGGCAUGGGGUGUAGUGCUGGGGUGAUUGCGAUUGACUUAGCCAAGGAUUUGUUGCGAGUGCAUAGGAAUACUUAUGCUGUUGUUGUGAGUACAGAGAAUAUUACACAGAAUUGGUAUUUCGGAAAUAAGAAGGCUAUGUUGAUACCCAAUUGUUUGUUUAGGGUUGGAGGUGCCGCUGUUUUGUUGUCUAAUAAGUCGGUGGAUAGGAGACGGGCCAAGUAUAAGCUUGUUCAUGUGGUGAGGACCCAUCGUGGGGCGGAUGACAAGGCGUUUCGUUGUGUUUAUCAAGAGCAGGAUGAUAAUGGGAAGACUGGUGUUUCUUUGUCAAAAGAUCUCAUGGCGAUUGCCGGUGGGGCUCUAAAAACCAAUAUCACUACGUUGGGUCCUCUUGUGUUACCAAUCAGUGAGCAGCUUCUGUUCUUUGCUACUCUGUUGGUUAAGAAAUUAUUCAAUGAGAAUGUCAAGCCUUACAUACCAGAUUUCAAGUUGGCGUUUGAUCAUUUCUGCAUACAUGCUGGGGGGAGGGCAGUGAUAGAUGAGUUGGAGAAGAAUUUGCAUCUGCUACCAGCACAUGUUGAGGCUUCUCGGAUGACUCUCCACCGAUUUGGGAACACUUCAUCGAGUUCCAUCUGGUAUGAGCUGGCAUAUACUGAAGCCAAGAGGAGAAUGCGCAAGGGUCAUCGAGUCUGGCAGAUUGCAUUUGGGAGUGGUUUCAAAUGUAACAGUGCAAUUUGGGAGGCGCUGCAAAAUGUGACACCAUCUCCUAAUGGUCCCUGGGAGGAUUGUAUCAACAAAUAUCCUGUUAAAGUAAUCUCAUAGCUCAACAAGAGGUCGGUUAGACUUACGUUCCUGGUAAGGCUCAUGAGUAGCCUAGCCUUUUUUUCUCAGUUUUUGUCCAAGCAUGUGUUUUUGGUCUUUUUAUUUGGUCAUUGGAGUGAAGAUAUUUUUCCUUUCUUGUUUCUUUGAUUUCUUAGGGAGUUAAUCUUGUGUGUAUUAUUUCAAGUUGUUAUGAUGCAUAACUUGGUCCAUGUACUUAAUUUCUAAGGGCACAUUUGUUUUAAUAGUUGUUUAUCCUACUUUGUGUCAUCCAUUGCUAUCAAACUGCUUCAUGUAGAUGAAAGCUGCUUGAAAGUACUGGCAUUAGAUUUAAGUUGAGUGAGCACAGAGAGAUUUAAUACCUGUGCACAAGGUGUGACUUUGCAACAUCAGUAUAAAGCGUGAGGCUUUAUUCGUUUCAUUAAAGAUAGGAGGAGGUUUGAUAAUUUAUCUUAAUGGGAUUGAUUUUCACCUUAGCCUGACUGUUGGAGAAAAAUACUUGGCCUUUGCACAUUAGAUAUGGCCAUCGCUCUUCAAAAGUUAAGACUUCAUAAGAAAUGAAGAAGUGGCUAUUUUUACGAGGCUUUACCUAUAGCUUCCUAUAAACUAUCAAAGAUAAAGUGCCAAAGACUCACCUUUAUUUUAUCAUGUAUUUUGUCACAUAGGAAAGGGAACAUCAACACACCCAGGUUGCUGAUAUCAUGAGAAAUGAGCUGAAUAAUUGUACCUAUGGGUGAGUCCAAAAUGGGACAGGACUUUUGUAGUUUCUGUUGUUUUUUACAUCUUUGUGGUGGUGUCACAUAAUUGAAGUGGGCUGGUACCCUCUACUGCUGUAUGAGAGGUCUCACUGGUGGUUUUCUCAGUGAACAAGUUGAGCUACCUGCAAUUUGACGUUCCCCUUUUAACGGUGAAGAAGGCAAUGGUGGGCCUUAAGCAUGGUUAAGAAUGUCGAUUUGUUCUCCUGCUAAUUCUGUCAAAUAUAGGUCAGGUCACUCUUCUGUGACCAACAUAUAUGCUCAAUAUCAAAUCUGGUGAGCCUCUAUAAAAUGUUCUUGAUGUCAGUUUGGCUACUAUGUUUGCUUACCACCUGUCGUUUACUUUCUAAGAGCUCAUGAUGCUGGUGUGUAGGAAGAACAAUAUAUCUUUGAAGGUUCGCAUUGUAAUAUUAAAAAAUAGAAGAGUUUAGACUAAUUAUUUCUGGUCAAUAAUUGGUUGAUUAUCGUAUCGCUUUUCUGUGUUACUACAUUGCUAAGUUACCUGACAUGACCUUAAUUUCAUAUUGAAUAGUUAAACAUGACCUUUAUUUUAUACUGAAUAGGUGAUCUUCUAAUUUUGGAUCGACUACGUUUUAUAGAGAAGUCUUUAUUUGUACAGUUGGAUUGAUUGCUCAUGUUUUCUUUUACAAGUUGCGUUCAUGUCUACCAGCCACUCACAGGCAUUCUAUUUUA